UUCAACCUUCUUCUGGGAGCAUUUCAAUUCCUGUUGAAAUUGCUAUCAUACCUUUACCUUCUGAGCGCGACAUUCGAUGAGUUUGAUCCAGAACCAAGACAUGGGCGCCAGUCUUCCACCUUCACCAACCUCGUCUUCGUCCUCCUCCCUCUUUGCUGCCGUAGACAUGGGCACCAACUCCUUCAAGCUCCUCAUUGUCCAUGCCAACACAUCCGGCAAAUUCCUCACUCUCAGCCACCUCAAAGAAUCCGUCGUCCUCGGCCUCAGCUCCGCCCCAACAACCCCACUUGCCCUCCAAACCCUCCAAGGCUUCCAAGCAAUCUUAUCCUCUCACCAUGUCAUUCCCAACCAUACUCGCUGUGUUGCCACUGCAGCAACACGCGAGGCAGCUAAUAGAAAUGAGUUUGUUCGGUGUGUCAAGGAAAAGACUGGUCUUGAAGUUGAGGUGUUGUCAGGUGAGGAGGAAGCCCGGCUUGUGUACCUGGGUGUGCUUCAAUUCCUGUCAGUUUUUGGGAAAUCGGUGGUGGUUAUAGAUAUUGGAGGUGGGUCUACUGAGUUCGUUGUUGGGAAGGAAGGGAAAGUUAGUUUUGGGGCUUCAUUGAAGUUGGGGCAUGUGAAUUUGACUGACAAGUUUGUGAAACAUGGCCUUGUUGGGCAAAUGAGGGAGUAUGUUAGAUUAGUUAUACGAGAAUCUGGGGUGGUAGAGAAAAUCAAGGAGUGUGGAUUUGAGAUGGUAGUUGGGUGUUCUGGUACGGUUCGUGCAAUUGAGAAGGCUGUGUUUUAUGGUUACGCGAAAAGUGAUGUGUUUGAGAAUGAUAAUGAGGUUUUCUCUGGGGAGUGCAAGAGGGAUUGGGCUUGGAGGUUUACUAGAGAGGAAUUGAGGGGUGUGGUUGAGAGGGUAUGUGAGGGAGGGGAGAAAGAGAAGGUGAGGAGAGAGGGGAUGUUUAAGAGUCGGUCAGAGUUUAUAGUGGCGGGGGCGGUGUUGUUGGAGGAAAUAUUUGAGGUGAUUGGGAUUAAGGAAAUGGAAGUUUCUGGAUAUGCAUUGGGGGAGGGUGUUAUUGCUGAGAGUUUAGCAAAGGUGUAUGGUGGCUAUGAUUUGAAUGCCAAUGCAAGGUGGAGGUCUGUUGUGUGGCUUGCUACAAGGUUUAAUAGCAAGAAGAGGAUGAGAGCUGCUGCUCAGUGUGCUGGGAUUGCAAAGGAGAUUUUCGAAGGCUUAAGAAAAUAUGAACAGGUUGCCGCCUCCUUGGAUGAGAUGGAUUUUGAAUAUCUUGAAGCUGCCUGUUUGCUUCACAAUAUUGGCCUUUUCACUGGCAAAAAGGGUUACCAUAAGCAGACUUAUCGUGUAAUCAUGGAUGGUGGUCUUCAAGGUUAUAAUACUGAGGAGGUCAAGUUAAUAGCGUUACUCACAAGAUAUCACCGGAAGAAAUUUCCAAAAUCUGAUCAUGCUUCUUUAAAGGAAUUCUCUAAAGAGGAAAAGCAGAAAUUCAGAUCUCUUUGCGCAAUUAUACGUGUUUCUGUAGCAUUGCAACAGCAUCAAUGUGUAAACAUUCAAAAAAUGACUUUUUCACAUUCUCAUGGAGGUUUCAAACUGGAAAGCAGUGUUCUAAAUGAUCAAAAUCUGCUGCCUACUACCAUACAACCUUUAAUUGGGGACAGUUUUCCAGAAGUAAGACAAGAGUUAGAAAACUUUAAAAAGGUAUUUCUGCAAGAAUUGUCAGUAGUAGUUCAUUCAAGCACUUCAGAAUCAUCGCAGCCAUAAGAAUACUUGUGCAGGAGGCAUCUAUUACUCUCAAUCUGCUGCUAAACAUGAUACAACCUAUAGAGAAGAUCCCAUUGAUGAUUCAAUGUUUUCGUCUUAAAAAUAAGCUGUAGCUGGUAUGUAGGACCUAUUUUUCUUCACAUGAUGCAAUUCUUAUGGUUGAUUUGAUGACAUUAAUAGUUAUUCAUGUGAUUGUACACUGUGCAUCUUAAUUGAGAUUAUGCAGACUUUUGAACUGUGGAAGAAUAGUUUUGUUGUUAGUAGGAGCACUUCAGCGGACGCCGGGCUGAGAGAUAUUGGAAACAAAUAUCAGCAUGAAUAUCAAGUGGGUUUGUGGCCCAAGUGGCGUGGAUCAAGUGAAGGAAAGCAAGAACUUAAUAAAUUGAAGACAUAAUGCACGUGUGAGUAUUUAUUUUAGACUCCCGAACAUGCAACAUAAUUGUAGCUGCUUUGGUCUUCUUUUAAUUGUCAAGAAAGCAUGAAACAUGGAACUUUGUGUCUUGAAUACAUGUUACAUUUAAUUUGGAUUCUGAGGUAGAGAACUUUCUCGUCAAGGGCUCAAACUAAGCCAAAUAAUUUUGUUUGGCAUAGGCUUCGUUUGUUAAUGUUUUUUAAAUGGUGUUUUUUUUUUUUUGAAAGAGCGUUUUUGAUGUAACCUAAAGGUGAUAGUAGUUUUGAGUAUUUUGGGUUGUUUGUUAAUGUUUUUGUUUUGAAAAGGGAAAACAGAAAGGGAAAAGUAUUAUCAAACAAAGUUUAACCCUGUGGUACCAUUAUGACAUGAAUGUGAUUAUGACCGGUACCGGAUUACAUGACACGUAUGAUUCACGAAUAGCACGACAAACCACACAACACAGUGUGGGCUAUCAGUCAAGUGACCUUCACCAAAUUGUACGCCCAAGGUGAUGGUCUUUUGUUCCGCUAUUAUGGUCCACUGAUCAAGGAUAUCCUACUGCAUGCAGCUCUCUUGAGGCUACAGGAUUGAGCUCAUGAGGUACUUCGGGACGUGCCAACUUGCGCCGCGCAGGGUUUAAGAAAUACAAAAAUAACCCAAGGGGUAAAACAAGUUUCAAUAAGAAAUA